AUGAACUCCUCCUCUAUUGUGUCACUAUCAGUAUUCGUCAACUCCAAAAUGUCGUGUGUUUACCAACCCGUGAAGAAGAAUACGACAAUUUUUAUAUUUGCAUCGGCAGCAAACGCCAUGGUCGAGACUCGCUUGAGAUCACCAUCUGGGGAAUUUUCUAUCGAAAAGGGAGGCAAUGAAACCAAAGUCGCCACUUUUCAUAAUGCCACUGAAGAAGGUGAUUACGAGAUUUGCCUUGGUGCUUCAAUACCAUCAAAAGUCUUUCUGUUCUUGCUAGCAAAUGCACAUGGAUCUCAUAUACUGAACUUUGAACUAUGGAACGCCGACGACGAGCACAUUCACAACGACAUCAAUGUAUGUGCACAUCUCACGCUUUUGUCCACUCGAUCAGGACUUUUUCAAUUUGAAGCCUAA